AUGAAAGCACUGAUCGAAUCCAUCAUUUCAAUUAAAAUACUAUAUCAAGCAAUUGUAAUCGCCUACUAUCGUCCACGGCUGGAGCGAAUCUUCGGAGAGAUACAGUCUGUGCUCAAGAAAUGUUCUUUGGACACGCACCACGACGUUCAAACUACAUUACGCCACUUGCAGACAUCUUCCGAUUUGGUUAUCAAAGGCUAUCUCAGUCUUGAGAUGUUCAGCCUUACGGUUUAUUGUGCUAUUCCAACAAUUGUAACCAUCUUUAAAUAUGCAACGACAGGAAUUGUUCCAGCUCUCCCCAAUAUGUUGGAAGCCGAUUUUGUACUGUUUGACUACACUUCCAACUUCUGGAUAUGGUUACCAGUAGCGCUUUUCAGCGAUGUAAUAAUUGUAUACAACACAAUUGUGGCCGUAAUUCAAGAUAGUUUCUUCUGGUGUUUGCUGCAUCACGUGUCUGGCGUGUUCAAGAUAAUUCGCAUGCAGAUUGUACAGCUGGAUGAAUUUCAAGAGGCUGAACAAUUUCAAGAAAAACUCUCCGAAAUAGUACAAAUGCAAGGAGUUGCUUACAGAAGUGCCAAAGAAUUAAAAACAACACUAAGUUCAUUAUUGCUGUUACUCUACGGUGCGUGUAUGUUAAUUCUCUGUAUGACAAUGAUGGUCCUCACCAUAGCUAGUGGAGACACCGACUUGCUAAGCAAAAUGGGAGUUAUUGUGUACUUUAUUUUUUUCCAAAUAUUUUCAUUCUCAAUGUUGGGAACGGAACUCAUGACGGCGUGUUCGGCGAUAGCGGAUGCCAUCUAUGACACAAAUUGGUACAAGCGCUCUGUUCCUGAACAACGUAACAUACAGUUCGUGCUUAUGCGAUCGCAACGCAUGGCGACGCUUACAGCGGCAAAUUUUUUCGGAGUCAAUCGGGCUACCUUCGCUAUGACUAUUCGAUCCGCGUUUUCAUACUUUACGGUACUACGGCAGUUUUACGGCUGAAAACGUCAACGAAGAAUCUAC